CAUUUUAAAGCUGAAGCUUCUGAGAAUACUUAAAAUCCAAUACGAUGUAAAUGACCAUACUAAUUUCCUAUCGCAAAUUAGACCGCUCAUUAAAUAGAAUCUUUCUCUUUAAAAUAAUCCUUCGUAUAAACUGGAAAUCGAGAUACUGAAACUUGCCGAAACUUAAAUAAUAAAUUACGCGUAUCGUCAAUUUAAUACGAUUACUUAUACGUUUUGUACAUCAGGUUUUCAUAUGUGUAGCCAUACACAUAAAGCGUAAAAAGCGUUCUGUGUAUUUACAGCAAAGCUCGAUGGCUCAAGAUUCAAGAUCCACCGGGAGGAUAAAAAAACUUUAAAAGGUCAAGUGUACUUGAGCAACGGGUGAAAUCAAUAAAUACAAAGCCGCGAGCACCUACGCCGCGAAUUUUUUAUUGACUAAGCAAACCGUAGUGCGGUAUAGAUAAUAUGGAUUUAACAUAAAACCCGUGGUUUUCGCUCGGCUCCACACGUGCACGGACCUCUAACCUUGUACAGUUCAAACGUUCCCGUUUCUACAAUAAAAAUAGUUGCAUAUUCGCUUUUUACCAUCGAUUGCAAAAUGACGGAUCAAGACACUGCUACUCUGAAGGAUGAUUACGAAUGUGAAAUGGACGAAAUCAGCGACGAUGACACUGGAGACGAAUGGGACGAAGUUACAGAUACUUUCGAAUCUAUACCAUGCUUAUUUUGUAACGAAGUUACAAACAAUUUCUCCGCGGCACUGAACCACCUUCUAUCGUCUCAUACAUUCGACUUAAAAAGUUUUAUAAUCAAGCAUUCGCUUGACACGUAUUCUUACAUCAAGCUGAUUAAUUUCAUUCGAAAUAAAAAUGUUUUACCUGACCAAUUAAACACAUUAAACAUAGAAGCAUGGGAGAGCGACGAGUAUUUAAGGCCUGUGAUCGAGGAUGAUCCAUGGCUGAUGUUCGAUAUCGAAGACUUGGAACAAAAAACUACAAAGCCAGUCGCAUUAUGCGAUAUACAAUAUUCUGAAUUGCAAAGAAUGAUACAUGAGCUUAGAGCACAGUUAGAGGAACGUGAGUUAGCAUGUUUAUUGGCGAAGCAGCAAAUAGAUGAAAUGUCAGAGAAAGUACAAAAGCUGCUCCUAGACGGUGAUCUAGAUGAGAACAAUACUGUCAAAUCUUCCGGUAAUUCGAACCGCAAUGUUGACAAGGGGUACUUCAGCGCUUACAGUCAUUUCGCCAUACAUCACGAGAUGUUGACUGACGAAGUACGAACAGAAAGUUACAGAGAUGCGUUAUUAACGAAUGCAAAUAAAUUCAGUAAUUCCGUUGUGUUAGACGUCGGCUGUGGAACUGGGAUCCUAUCGAUGUUCGCAGCGAAAACUGGUUGCCGUAAGGUGAUCAGCGUCGAUCAGUCGGACGUGAUAUACCAUGCUAUUGACAUAGUAAAAGAGAACAAUUUAAGUGAUGUGAUCACUUUGAAAAAAGGUCGCCUCGAGGAUAUUAAUCUCGACGAAGAUAAAGUGGACGCUAUCGUGUCCGAAUGGAUGGGAUAUUUCCUUUUGUUCGAGGGUAUGCUGGACACGGUGAUAUACGCCAGGGACCACUAUUUGGCACCCGGUGGCACGCUUCUACCAAACAGAUGCACCCUCAGUCUUGUGGGAAGCGGAGACACCAGGAGAUACGUCGAGCUCAUUGAUUAUUGGUCGAACGUGUACGGUUUCAAAAUGAGCUGCAUGAAAGCGCAGGUCGUACGAGAACCUAGUAUAGAAAUUUGCAACGCUGACGAGCUAAUAACGAACGCCGUUGAGAUCCAAGCUUUCGAUUUGUACAAAGUAACGAAGGAUCGCGUGAACUUCUCAUCGCCGUUCGAAUUCAAAGUGAAGAAGACCGGUUCGCUGACCGCAAUCGUUGGCUACUUCGAUAUAUUCUUCGAUUUGGAUAAUCCGAUACAUUUUAGUACGGGACCAUACUCGCCCCCAACGCACUGGAAACAAACUGUGUUUUCGCUGAGCGAGCCGAUCAGCAUUACUGAAGGGGAAAUAUUAAAAGGUAAAUUAGUUUGUCGUAGACACGUUAGGGAUAUACGAGGACUUAUGAUUACGAUUUAUAUUAAGAAUACCAGCCAAGUUUAUUACUUAGAAUAAGUCAGAUAUUGAAGUCCACUCGAUAGACGUAAGUGCCAAUUAAAAAGGAACAUAGGGUCCAUAACAGCUUGCUAUUAUAAUAUUAUCGAUGACUAUCAUUAAGAGUUAUUGAUAGAAAAAUCGCGGCCCGCUAUUCUGAAUUUUACUGCGAUUUACAUUUUGAAACUUUUAAAGUAGAAAUCAUGUAAUCCGUAGAUCUUUCGCUAAAAUUUCGAUUCGAUAACUACGGAUUUGGAAACGUAUCGGCACCUGUUGUCAAUUCGCGUACAUUUUGCUAACACAGGGUCGAUGUUCCAGAUUAAUGAAAAUCGAUAAAAGUGAUCCAGUAGCACUUUAUUCCAUAGUUCUACGAAAUUCUGUACAAUAAGAGUAAAAAGUUAAAAUGCGUGCUACGCUGCAAAGAUAUUUAAUUGAUCUCCAUGAUAUUUUAACGUUGAUCACAGUAUAUGAAAAAGAUUUUAUAAAACGUAAAAGGUCAAGUAAAUAUAGGGAUACUCGUUACGGUUUUAUUGUACAAACAACGAUUUCGAGUUCGCUCAAUGAAUUAAUUAAAAAGAGAAAUAUAUGCAUGCUUCUUCUUGCGCAAUCUUUACGUACGUCGAAUUCCAAUAUUACUAAUAAACGACUGAAUCGUC